AUGGCAUCUCAACCAAGAGCCUCAACGGAGACAACCUCCCGCACUCGGCACGACACCACAACGCCCUCUCGGCCCGCCUCAAUAGCACCCACAGACACCACCUCCAUCCUCACAGCCGUCGACGACGGCGAAGCUACGCCCCGCGCCCUCUCCCUAGCCCCAACUCUCGUCGAGACACGCACAACAUACCGCGGCUUCCCGUCAGAAGCAGCCUAUCGCGCAGCGUUCCACGAAUGGGCAGAGUCCAAGCGCUACAACCAGCAGGACGAUACGGCGCUGAUAGGCUUCUAUGGCGAGACGACGAUGGAGGAGCUUGCGGCUAGGCCAAGGGCUGAGUUUGGACUGAGUAGGAAGUGGAGGGAAAGGAAAGAGAGGAAGGCGCAGAGACAGCAGUUGCAACAACAGCAGCAGCAGGGGAGGAGGCAGACGAUGGCUUGA